AUUACAUGCCGAAGGAAGAUAGAAUGAUGCUUUCGACACGAGAGCGUACAAGACGAACUUAGUCAUAGUUCAUGAUUACCACGUGUGAGAUCUACGAGUUCAUUCUGCAUUAACAAUUAUUCAAAUUGCUCGAUUACUGCAGCUUUGGGAAAAAUGUCCGACACCACAUUUAAUGAUUUCUCUGAUAUAUCUUCUGAUACACAGAUCGAUGCACAAUUAAGUGAACUUUUGGAUAUAGAAAAAGCAAAGGUUGCGACAACCGCACAGAUCCAUGCAUUUAACGACAUUUGUUGGGAGAAAUGCGUCGAGAAGCCAGGAAGCAAAUUGGAUGCUCGCACAGAAACCUGCAUAAAUAAUUGCGUCAAUAGAUUUAUAGAUGUUUCUUACUUUAUUACUAAUCGCUUUGCACAGUUAUUACAAAGCUCUGUAAGAAAUUAAAUCUUACAGAAUAUGCUGUCAGAGUAGCAAUGUAUUUUUGUUCAAAUGUUAUAAAUGUAUGUCCUAAAUAAAAGAAUUUAUAUUAUUUGUAAUUUAA